AUUACUUCAAACCGCCCCUCUCUCUCUUUCAAAGCACCCUUCAACAGAAUCACAGACAGUCCCUUUUGAAUUGCCUACUAUGCAUCAUCGCUUCUUUGCCUGGAUCGGUCUAUUGGUCCUUAUUUCUGGGUCUGCUUCAGCAGCGCCCGCUGCUGCUGCUGAGACCGUCUCUACAGAGAAGUGCCACAUUCAUAAUGGACACUGCCAUAAGCGCGACCUGGCCAGCACUAGCGUUUAUACAUUAACUACUGCAACAACUAAUGCACAAGAUGUUGAUUUGGCCGAGGACUCUGAUGACGCGCACGGCCUCUACCGUUACUAUGGUGGCCGCUAUCGAGGAGGAGGUUACUAUAGAGGCGGAUAUGGCCGUGGACGUUACUACCGGCGCGGCGACAUCACAUCAAACGAAGGUUUCUCAGACAUCAAUGUUGCUGCUGCAGAUGCGAAUGAAGAUGUAGCCUCACUCGAGCAUAUCGAUGACGGCAAAGACAAUGCCCAUGAGCUGUAUCGGUAUGGAGGAGGUCAUUAUGGAGGUCGAUAUGGCGGAGGCUACUAUGGUGGAGGUUACUAUGGUGGUGGUCGUGGACGUUACUACAAACGAGAGGAUAUCGCGGCGAAUGAAGCCUCAUCGGACACAAAUAUGGCGGACUAUGAUACUCAUGUAGGAGAUCAUGACGAGAUUGAGCAUUCUUUGUAUCGCAAGGGAUGGGGCAAGGGAUGGGGCAAGGGUUGGAAAGGUCACUACUAGCGUUACUAUGCACCAUCAUGGCAAAGUCAAACGAUAGUUGAUUACUUGACGCCGAUGGCAGCCAUGUUUCAUAUUGAACGAAAUAAUAAAAAAAAAGUAAUCCUCCGUGAA